AUGCCCGGUAUUCGAUCCGCAUUCCUCUUGGCCAGCGCAUUCCUCGCUUGGAGAGCGGAUGGAUCUCCAGUACAUAUCCGCGGCGACGAGCGCUUCAACACCCUUCAGCAAUCCACCCAUGCCGCCUACGGCGCCGUCGCAACCGAUAUCAAGACUUGCUCCGACAUCGGAGGGGACAUUAUGAAGCAAGGCGGUAAUGCCGCGGACGCAAUGAUUGCGAGUUGUCUGUGUGUGGGCACCAUUGCUUCAUACCACUUAGGGAUCGGAGGAGGCGGGUUCAUGCUUGUGAGGAGUCCGAAUGGGACCUAUGAUAUGAUUGAUUUCAGGGAGUCGGCACCUGCCGCAUUGAAUGAGACGAUGUAUGUCGCAGACAUUUCAACUUCUUUGUAUGGUGGAUUGGCGAGCGGUGUACCCGGUGAACUCCGCGGCUUUGAAGCGCUGCACAAGAAGUAUGGGCAACUACCCUGGAAGGAUAUCUUUGCCCCGGCUGUGAAGCCCGGUAGAGAGGGUUUCAUCAUCCAGGACACCUUGGCGAGUAUUAUGCACUCCUCUGGAUACGAGUUCCUGUACGAGCAGCCUACUUGGGCCAUUGACUUUGCUCCUAACGGCACGUUGCUCGGCUUAAACGAUACGAUGACAAGGAAGAGGUACGCGGACACUUUAGAGACGAUUGGAAAGUAUGGCGCCGACGCCUUCUACAACGGGCCCAUGGCCAACGUGACCGCGAAGGCUAUUCAGGAUGCCGGCGGUAUCAUGACUGCAGCCGACCUAGCGAAUUACACCGCUGUCCACAGAGAUCCUCUCCACAUCACCUACCGCGAUUACGACCUCUACUCCACUUCCGCUCCAUCCUCGGGUGGCAUUGCACUCUUCGCUCGCAAGAUCCUGGAGGGGUAUAACAUGUCGGGCAUCGACAAUAUCAACGUCACCACUCAGCGUCUCGUGGAGGCGAUGAAGUUCGCCUAUGGUCAGCGUACUGAGUUGGGUGAUCCUAACUUCGUGUACAACGUGUCCUCCUUCGAGACCGAGAUCUUGCAGGAGAGCACCGCUGCUGGACUACGUGCGAUGAUCUCGAAUACACAUACUCUGAACAGCACAGCCUACGACCCUUUUAGCUACGAAAUCCUCUGGGAUCACGGUACCAGUCAUAUGGUGACCGCCGAUAACAGCGGUCUCGUCGUUUCCUUGACUACGACCGUCAACCUUUACUUCGGCUCCCAAGUCAUGGUCCCCGAAACCGGUGUUGUCAUGAACGACGAAAUGAACGACUUUUUCUCUCCAGGUUCCUCAAAUGCAUUCGGAUACGUCCCUACAGAGGCGAACUUCAUCCGUCCAGGCAAGCGUCCCUUGUCCUCCAUUUCUCCCACGAUCGCACAAUUCAAAAAUGGGACGUUCUACGUCGCGCUCGGAGCCGCCGGUGGAAGCCGUAUCAUUACCUCCAAUAUUCAGAACUUGUGGCAUGUUCUUGAUCAGGGCAUGAGCGCCAGUAAAGCUCUCGCUGAGCCGAGACUUCAUGAUCAGAUCAGUCCGAAUGCUACGACGUUCGAGUAUAGCUACGAUAACGCGACGGUCGCCUAUUUGGCGAGUGCGGGACACAAUGUGACGUGGGUUGCGCCGGGACAGAGUAUUGCACAGGCGGUGAGGUACACGAAUGGAAUGUUUGAAGCUGCGGCCGACCCGAGAAGGCUGGAUUCUGGUGGUGCGACGUGGUGA